AUGCACAGGUUGGUGGUGCCCAAUAAAUCCUCAAUACACCGAUUCACAACCCUAGCGCUCUAUCGCGCGCUUCUCCGACAAUGCGCCAAAUUACCUGAAAAUCUACCGGAGCGCAAUGCAUCCAAGCAGCACAUACAACUACGGUUCCACAGAUACAAGACCCUCGAAAGUCCUUCCAGGGUAGCACAUGCCCUGAAAGCGGGAUAUCAUGCACUCGACCUGCUCCAUGCCGUAUCACAAAACAAACGCACCGAAACCAAGCGUCUCAAGACCCUCCUAUCCCAGACUGCCGAAGCACAGGAACGUCGGUCCGCGAUGCAAAGAGAGCUGAGGCGGCUGAAGCCGGUCAAACCCAUGAGCGCCAUGGAGCUGAAGAAGGAGGCCAACCGGGAGGCCGCGAGGAGGACCAUGUCGCGACACCCCGAUGCCAUACCGGUUCUUUCGCGUCCACGGCCGGCCGUCAACGGAAUACGUCGCAUUCCGAAACUCGUGAAUGCGCGCGGCGUCCCCUUCCUGCGGAUCAUGAAACCCCAACCCGCCAUCCUCGGGCACAUUAUCCGGGGCAAACUUCGCAAACGAGAGAGGACACUUCGCGUGCGCAAGAAGUUACAGGAAGAGAGGAUCUGGGCCCAGGAUGAGGACGAGUGGGAUCGAUUGACCGGCCAACAAGAACGCGAGCCAACGGCCAGGUGGCGUCAUCCCGUUGAAGUAUGCGUUAUGGACCUCAAACGACGAGUCUCUGAGAUGGAACGCAAGGAUCAAGCGCUUGCGACAGCCAUGUGGAAGGUCGUCCUCGCGGAGCGUGCGUUGGCCGCUAAAGAAGCCGAGGAACGGGCCGCCAAGAUGGCGGCUGCGCCAAAAGAGACUACAGAAGGGGGAGAAACGGAGCAGGACUUGAAGUAA